GAUGAUUACAACUGGGCUGGCCCAUGUGUUCACAUCAGCUAUGGUGGAAAAAGAUGCUUGUCACUCUUGUUUGACGGCGGUGAGAGUGCUACGUGUUUCCCUGGUGGAUGAACUAGAAGGACAGGUCGACUCCUUGUUGGAAGUUCUGGUCUGUCAGGAAGCAUUCACCCGGGAUGACCGUGAGGAAGUGCUGUGUCAGCCGGGGCCACGGGCCAGAGUGCGAAAGGUGUUGGAUAUUCUGGAAUGCAAAGGAGAGGAAGCAGCGAAAGUCUUCUUCUCUGUUAGAAGUCAUCAGCAGCUCUCCCACAACACAGCUCAGCCCCCAUCCACAGAGUACAAGAAGGUGAAACAAAAACACAAAGAUAUCCUGAGGCGCAGGAGUGAGAGCAUGCUUUUCUACAACAGUAGGCAUGGAGAGAAAAUCCUCUUUUCUGAACAUUAUGUCAACCUUCUGUUAGUGGAUGGACACCAGGCCUUAGAGAUUAAGAGACACGAAGUGCUGGCUUUUGGGCAACAGAGACUGUCUCUGCAGCAUAAAUCAGGGCUGCAAAAGAAAAUUGCACCAGCUAAACUGUUUUUGAGAGCAAACGAAAAACGUCCAAUAAGGAAAGUGCUGGUGACAGGGGUGGCGGGAAUUGGCAAGACGAUCCUGGUGCAGAAAAUUCUCUUUGAUUUUGGAGGGAACAAGGACCACCUCACAUUUGACUUUGUUAUUCACAUGAGUUUUAGAGAUUUAAAUCUGAUCGACAAACCCACAAACUUCAGAGAGUUAGUCCUUCGUAAGAAUAGGCACCUUUCUAAAGAACUGGAUCACAUCUUCGUUAACGAUGACAGACUCCUGAUUAUCCUGGAUGGCUUUGAUGAGUUCAAACACUACAGGAGCUGCGAUGCUGAGGUAUUUGUGACAGAGCCUGAAGAGGAUGCGGAGGUGAAUGAGAUUUUGGGGAGUUUGUUGCAGGGUGAGCUACUACCCAAUGCCUCUGUCAUGCUCACAAGCCGGCCUACAGCUAUCAACCACAUUCCUGUCGGAUGCAUCGACCGCUAUGUGCUCAUUGCCGGUUUCUCCUUAACUGAAGUUCAAGACUUCUUCAUACGGUUUUUUCAAGAUGCUACUGUGGCUGACCGAAUGUUUUCAACGGUAUCAGCAAAUGAACUGAUGCUGACACUCUGCUACAUACCUGCUUUUUGCCACAUUGUGUGCUGCAUUCUCAAUGAGAGCAAAGAUCUUUGUAGGGAAAGCCCCAAGACCAUGACGGAUAUUUAUGUGCAGUAUCUGGUUGCCCUGCUCCGUUCUCACAGCCAGGCAAGAACUGAGACAUGUCCUGAAGACCAAGGAGCAGAAUCCAUCCAGCAGCUGUCUGAUGUUGUGUUGAAACUAGGUCGACUUGCCUUUAAAAAGCUAAUGGAGCAUCAAACUCUGUUCUACAGCAGUGACCCAGAGGUGGUGGGGUUAGAAAGAUGCAGUCUGGUUAGUACCUUCCUUGAUAAGACAGUUGCACAAGAACCUGGCUGCACUGAAGAGGUUUUCUCCUUUGCCCAUCUCACAGUUCAGGAGUUUUUUGCCGCUCUUUACUGCGCUGUGACAGAUCAACCCUUACCCGAUGCAAUUCAGAGUGGUGAGAACCAAAACAACGAACACUUGGACCUCUUCAGCCGCUUUCUGUCUGGAAUUCUCUCUGACCGGAAUUCUAAAUUCUUGUCGAGACAAGUGGGGCUUGGCUGCCAGGAGGAAAAAGUGGAGAUGUACCAUAAGAAGAUCAUAACAGACCUCACAAUGCACUGUCAGAAUGGAGGCCAUAUUCUGAACUGCUUACACUGUUUAUUUGAGCAACAGGACCCCUCAAUGGUGUUAGCAGCACUCCCAGAAUCCCUUCGAGUAAAUGUCAGCGACGAAACGCUCUCUCAAAUGGAUCACAAUGCCAUAAAGUAUUUCCUAUCCCUCACAGAAGGCAAAAUACUAUCAGAACUGGAUCUUACAGGAACUGGAGUGAACCGUGACUCUCUGAGAGAUGUUCAACCAUUUCUGCAUAGAUGUCAGAAACUAUGGCUUGGAGAAAAUAAUUUCAAUAUGGAUGCGGUUCAAGUCAUUGCAGAUGUGCUGAAGGUCUCAGAAAACAUCACCCAUCUUGGACUGGGGUGGACAAACAUCGGUGACAAUGAACUACAAGCUCUUUGCACAGCGAUCCAAGUGAAAAAAAAGGUUCAAGAGUUGUGGCUGGAGGGUAACCGAGUGAGUCACAGAGGUCUGCUGUCCCUCGAUGAUUUGACGCCAGAUCCACUGCAAACAAUUGUGGUCAUAUGGAACAACUUGUAUGAGAAAGAGUCAGCGUGUGUGUGCAGCCAGGACCGCAUCACUGUGAAUUUUACAGAUGAAGAAAUGUGGCAAGAAUGGGGAAAAUGGGUUUUUAAGCGGUGCGAGGUCAGCAGCAACGAGAAGUUGUUGGCAGUACUCCACAAAGUUUGCAACAUGUCAAAUGACUCUCUGGAACUCCAGUGGGCAAAGACCUUUUACAGUCAACUAUCGCAGCUCAUAAAGAAACGGAUACAGUGCUGCACUGAGGAUGAUAUGUGCAAGAAACUCCAAAGAUUUGACAGAAUCUUGAAUCUAUAAAGACUAUAAGAAAAGUUUAUUUCCUAUUGAUUGUUUUGUUAGGGACUGAAGGAGGAAAAUCAAUGGUAUAGAGAAAAAAAUCAAUAUUUUCUAUCUAAACAUUUAAAACUAGACUACCGUUUUCAUCUGCUAAAAGGCCCAUAAUGAUUGAAGCAUUAUACAGAUAAAGCGAAAAAAUACCUUUUUUGAGUUCAAGGGUUUUACGCAUAAGGUAGAUUAUCAAGUGUUUUCCAGAUUUUAUUUUUAUUACAAAAAUACACACCAAAAAAAACAAAAACCCACUGUUUUAUUUGUGUUUAUUAAGAAAAACAAAACUCUAAUAGCAAAGCAGUGUGAAUAAUUAGGUAAACCAUUGCUGCUUAAAUGGGAUUUAGGAUGGAAAAUGGUAAUCAGGUGAUGAUAUGCAUUUUUAUUUAUCAGCCAGUGAUAAUGCCUUAAUAUAAGCUGGAGAUUUAUCAGUUUGCUGAUCUGUAUGGAGGUAAAUUUGUCUCAAUAUUAUUCAAUCAAACAAAAAACUAAUCUCAAUUAAAAAAAACUAAUCUCAAUCAAAAAAUAUUAAGUUGUGAUCAAAACUUUCAGAGUUGUAACGAUUA